AUGUUCCGUGCUUCAUCUCGCCUUCUUGACUGUCGGUUGACCUUGUUCACCAGAGCGAAUUGCUCCUUGUGUGAUACCGCAAGGCAAGUUCUCCGUAUCGCAAGAAAUAAGAGACCAUUUGCAUACCACGAGAUCAAUGUCAUGGACCCUGGUCAAGAGAAGUGGAAGUCCGUUUACGAGUUUGAUACUCCCGUGGUCCACAUCGACAAAGCCGAGACUAAGGAGACAUCAACUUCCGCUCUGAAGUUAAUGCACCGAUUCAAAGAAGAGGAUGUCAUGAAACUAAUGGACGAGGCAGAAGGUGCAUAG